AUGAGUUAAGCAGAAUACUUCGUUUAUAUGUUAACGACUGGCGCAUUUAUUAUAAAAUUAUUAACAAGCAUUUAUGUGAACAGAAAUUUAUCGUCUUUGAUCUAAGUGUACCUUCCGAGCAUCCGCAUAGAAUACGUGUCGGGUGGGAUAAAAUUUUGACAUUGGAUGAAUAA